AUGGAAAAACGUGACGUAUAUCGACUUCUUCACUUAAAAUCAUUCAAUCUACCCCUGUCUUAUUCAUCUUACGGCAACUUACGUCUUGCUCUUUCUUGGGCAUGGGAUAUUAAGUUUUAUGAUGAAACAUUUGUUACUUCUACAACUCCCAAAAGUGACCCACCCGAUGAAAUGAAAACCGAUACAACACUGGAGAGAUCAAGAAAGAAAAAGUUUGAUAAAUUUGAUAAAG